CCAAUCUGCAAGCAAAGAUCAUGGCACAGUCCGGGGGGAGGUUAUUCAAGGCCGUUAUUAGAGGCUUCAGAGAUCCUCCUGAGGUGGCGACUGAUAGAAAAGAGAAUGUGUUGGCAUGGUCAUGCAGGUGGAGGGCUUCACACAGAUCCAAAGGAAGGGCUGAAAGAGAUAGAUGCCAAAAAGAUUAUCAGAGCAAUGUUGUCUUAUGUGUGGCCCAAAGACAGACCAGACCUGAGAGCCAGAGUAGCCAUAUCUCUGGGGUUUUUAGCAAGUGCAAAGGCCAUGAAUAUAUUGGUUCCCUUCAUGUUUAAAUAUGCAGUAGACAACCUCAACCAGGCAUCUGGAAACAUACUCAACCUUGGUGAUGCACCAAAUACAGUGGCAACGGUGGCAACUGCUGUUCUCAUUGGCUAUGGUAUCUCAAGAGCUGGGGCAGCAUUAUUUAAUGAAGCUAGAAAUGCAGUAUUUGGGAAAGUAGCUCAAAAUUCAAUCAGAAGGAUAGCAAAAAACGUUUUCCUGCAUCUUCAUAACCUGGAUUUGGCGUUCCAUCUGAGUAGGCAAACUGGAGCUCUGUCAAAAACCAUCGACAGAGGAACGAGAGGCAUCAGUUUUGUUCUUAGCGCUUUAGUAUUUAAUCUGGGACCUACCAUGUUUGAAGUGGCACUAGUCAGUGGAAUUCUAUAUUACAAAUGUGGUGCAGAGUUUGCUUUAGUAACCCUGGGGACGCUCGGAGCCUAUGCAGCAUUCACGAUAGGAAUUACACAGUGGAGGACGAAGUUUCGAAUAGAAAUGAACAAAGCAGAUAAUGAUGCGGGUAAUGCUGCAAUUGACUCGCUACUGAAUUACGAGACUGUGAAGUAUUUCAAUAAUGAAAAAUACGAAGCCCAACGAUACGAUGGAUUCUUGAAGACAUAUGAAAAUGCCUCCCUGAAGACUACCUCUACUUUAGCUCUCCUGAAUUUUGGACAGAGCGCUAUAUUUAGUGUUGGCUUAACAGCCAUCAUGGUGCUUGCCAGCCAGGGCAUUGUUGCAGGCAGCCUUUCUGUCGGAGAUCUAGUAAUGGUGAAUGGAUUGCUGUUCCAGCUUUCUCUUCCCCUAAACUUCCUGGGAACAGUAUACCGAGAGACAAGACAAGCGCUUAUAGACAUGAAUACCUUGUUUACGCUUCUCAGUGUAGAUACCAAAAUUAAAGACAAAGAGCUGGCUCCACCCCUGCAGAUCACACCACAGACUGCUGCCAUUGCCUUUGAUAAUGUGCAUUUUGAAUACCUUGAGGGGCAGAAAGUCCUUGCUGGAGUGUCUUUUGAAGUCCCUGCAGGAAAGAAAGUGGCCAUUGUUGGAGGUAGUGGGUCAGGGAAAAGCACAAUUGUGAGAUUAUUAUUUCGUUUCUAUGAACCUCAGAAAGGAAAUAUUUAUGUUGCUGGACAGAACAUACAAGAUGUCAGUUUGGAAAGUCUGAGAAAGGCAAUAGGAGUUGUACCUCAGGAUGCUGUUCUCUUCCAUAAUACUAUCUAUUACAAUCUGCUCUAUGGCAAUAUCGAUGCAACACCAGAAGAGGUGUAUGCAGUAGCAAAGCUGGCGGGAAUCCACGAUGCUAUUCUUCGAAUGCCAGAUGGUUACAACACUCAGGUUGGUGAACGAGGACUCAAGCUCUCUGGAGGAGAAAAGCAAAGAGUUGCAAUUGCCAGAGCAAUGUUAAAGGAGCCACUUAUUUUUCUCUAUGAUGAAGCCACAUCAUCUUUAGAUUCAAUUACAGAAGAGAAUAUUCUCAGUGCCAUGAGGGACAUGGUGAAACACCGAACAUCAAUUUUCAUUGCUCACAGGUUGUCAACAGUAGUUGAUGCAGAUGAAAUCAUUGUGCUGGAUCAGGGUAAAGUUGUGGAACGUGGUAGACAUGCAGACCUCCUUGCAAGUCCUAACAAUCUCUAUUACGAAAUGUGGCAUACACAGAGCAGCAAAGUACUAAAUAGUCAAAACAAUCGAAAUUGGGAAGAGAGAAAUAAUCGGAUGUCCAAAGAGGAGGAAAGGAAGAAACUAGAAGAAGAAAUUACCAAUAGUGUGAAAGGCUGUGGAAACUGUUCGUGCUAAGUAUGAUCCUGGAUUAAUCUUCUCUAAACAGGUUAAAAAUGCACAAGAUUACAAUGAAGUGCAGCUCUUGUUUCUAAGUCAGCGUUCAAAAACUUCCUGGGUUUUGGGGUUUUACAGUAUCUCAGAGGGACGUAAUUUCAACCAAAGGAGUUCUAUUUUUACAUCUUUAGAAAUCUCUAACAUUCAGUGGCAUCUGCAAGAGCUGAGCUUUUUCAAAAACUUUAAACUUCUCAAGAGUGUAAUUUAUGGCAAUUUUUAGGCAUUGAUAAAUUCUCCUGGUAGUUGCUUGAGGUGGAUUAUUAAAUUGUAAACAGAUUUGU